UUAUUUUAUUUUAUUUUAUUCUUUUUCCUUUUUUCUCCUCCCUCUUAUUUCCUCAUUUUUAACUUAUAUAAAAAGCUAAAGCCAGCAAGUAGCACUUUCUCCAAGUGUGAUGCUAACUUGACAUGCAGACAAGAAAAUUAAAAGAUCAUCCAAACGUUACAACCAUACUUAGAUAAGACAACACAAAAACAAAACUAAUUUUCUUUAUAUUUGAACUUCUUCUGGUACUCUUUUCUCUGUUUCAAUUUCGAAGGUAUGGAAAAAAUGACUAAUGGUCUAAGGCACCUCUUCAUGACAGUAUUUCUUCAUUGUUUCUCUGUAUUUAUGGUGAUUCCAACCAUAACUGAUAUCACUAUGUCAGCCAUUUGUCCUGGAAAAGAUGAAUGCUCCAUUGCUAUAUAUCUCACUGGAAUUCAACAUACGAUAAUAGGUUUGGGAUCAUUAAUUAUAAUGCCUGUGUUAGGGAAUUUAUCAGACACUUGUGGCAGAAAAGUUAUGCUCAUGGUCCCUUUGACCUUUUCCAUAUUUCCUCUAGUGAUAUUGUCAUACAGCAGGACAAAAUACUUCUUCUAUGCUUACUAUGUUCUAAGAACUUUGGUUUCUAUGGUUUGUGAAGGAAAUGUUCACUGCCUUGCUCUUGCUUAUGUGGCUGAUGUUGUUCCAGAGGGCCGCCGUGCCUCAGUCUUUGGAGUCCUAUCAGGCAUUGCCUCCUCUGCUUUUGUUUGUGGAAAUCUCACUACUCGCUUUCUCUCCCCGGCUUCCACUUUCCAAGUUGCUGCAAUAAUGGCAAUAAUAGCUCUUGUAUACACAAGAAUGUUUCUCCCAGAGCCUUUGAUAAAAGAUCAAAUUUCUGCUAUAGGAACAGAGACAAUUUGUCUUUUGGAAAAAGCUCCAAAGAAUAAAUUCCAAUUAUUCAAGGAAUUGCCUUCUUUCAAUGAUGUGUUAUGUUUGUUAAGGAAUAGCUCCACAUUCAUGCAUGUAGCUAUUGUUUCUUUCUUUGCCAAUGUUGCACAAGUUGGACUUGAAUCUUCUCUUCUUUAUUUCUUGAAGGCUCAGUUUCAUUUCAACAAAAACCAAUUUGCUGAUUUGUUGAUAAUUUCUGGGAUUGCAGGAUCCAUAUCACAGCUUCUUCUGAUGCCCAUAUUAGUUCCUGCUCUUGGAGAGGAGAAAUUGCUCUCUGUUGGGCUCUUUUUCAGUUGUGUUCAUAUGCUACUUUACAGUAUUGCUUGGUCCUCAUGGGUCCCUUAUGCUAGCGCUUUGAUCUCCGUUAUGUCUAUUUUCGUGAUGCCAUGUUUGAAGAGCAUGGCAUCCAAGCAAGUUGGGCCAAAUGAACAGGGAAAGGGUCAAGGAUGCAUCACAGGCAUAUGUUCCUUCGCAAGUGUAGUUUCCCCAUUAAUUUUCAGUCCUUUAACAGCUUUAUUUCUAUCAGAACAUGCACCUUUCCAUUUCCCAGGAUUCGGUCUAGCCUGUGCAGCCUUUACUUUAAUGGUAGCCUUCAUUGAGAGCUUCAUGAUAAGUUCAGCUCGUCCUGUAACCGUUUGCAGCCUGAACAAUUCGGACUCAGCAGAGCCUUAGUCUUGCAAUCGGAGUGUAAUGGCUCUAAAGGCAUACUGAAAGGCAGCCUGAAAUUCGACAUGGAGUACGUUUAUGUUAUCAAUAUCGUUAAGCUUGGCUCCCGUCUUACAGAAAAAAAAAAUCAGAUUACUGCAGCCUCAAAGAAAAGAUGUUUAGAUUUGUUUGUAAUAUAACUAUACAGAAGUGUAGUUUGUCAAUAGUGUAAUUCUGCUCAGAGGAAAUUAAGCGGUGUUUAGCCAUGUUUCAUUGUAAAGUUUGAAAAAAAAAUGUAGUUUUUGUUUAGAAGAGUUUCUAAAAUAUGUACAUAUGUGUGACAAUGAACAUGUAAUAGGAAGUGUUUCUUCUUUUUC